AGGAUAUCGUGGUGGUAAAGUGUACGCUGAGACUCUAUCUGAAGAUGAAGAUGAUGUGUUUUUCAAUGAUGAAAAUCCAGACAGUAUAAAUCCCUCUCAUUCGACGAUAUUAAACAUGAGUGGUCAGCCAACGUUUCGUCCCACACCGGGUGGACCAUUUUCAGCAUUGACGCCGAGUAUGUGGCCGCAAGAUAUCCUGGCUAAACUGGCACAGAUUGAAGAUUCAGGGAAUCCUCCAGACUUUUGCUACGAUGAAUUUGGAUUCCGUGUGGACGAGGAAGAUGGAGCAGAACCGAAUUCAAAUAAAUUAUUGAGUCAGCCGCUGAUAGAAGAUCCGCAACACAGACUACAAUGGACGGCUCAUCUGGAGUUCACACAGAAUCAAGACGUGGGAGACUUGACAUGGAGUAAGGUCGAUGCCUGUUUGCCACGUUCUGACAAGUUGCGAUCGUUAGUACGUGCUGGGAUACCACACACCAUGAGGGGUCAAUUGUGGAUGCGAUUAUCUGGUGCUAUGACAAAGAAACGAGCGGCAGAUACAAACUAUCAGGAAGUUGUUAAAGCAAGUUCAAAUGAGCAUUCCCUGACGGCAAAACAAAUAGAAAAGGAUUUACUUCGAACGAUGCCAAGCAAUGCCUGUUUCUCGUCAAUUCAUAGUACUGGAGUACCGAGACUACGACGGAUACUCAGAUCGCUAGCAUGGCUGUAUCCAGAAAUAGGAUAUUGUCAGGGCACCGGAAUGAUGGCCGCCUCUCUCUUACUCUUCUUAGAAGAAGAGGAUGCUUUUUGGAUGAUGUCAUCGAUUGUUGAGGACCUCGUACCUGCGUCAUAUUAUUCUAGCACUCUGAUUGGAGUACAGGCAGAUCAAAGGGUUUUACGUCAAUUACUCGUAAGUUAUUUACCAGAUCUGGAUCAUGUGCUCAAGGAACAUGAUAUCGAGCUCUCCUUGAUUAGUCUGCACUGGUUUCUCACUGCUUUCGCCAGUGUUGUGCAUAUGAAAGUGCUGCUGAGGCUUUGGGAUCUGUUUUUCUUCGAAGGAUCGGUUGUGCUCUUUCAGAUUACUUUAGGGAUGCUUAAGAUGAAGUCGGCAAUGAAGGUCUCGUCAUCGCUAACGGAUGUGAUAAUAGACACACACAGACGUAAACAUUUAGCGUACUUGAUGGCGGAACAAGGCCAGAUUGUUAAUCCAGAAUCAUCGGGGAAUUUACCAAAACAACACUUACACAAGAGGCAGGUUGCGAGGCGAAAAUCGUUAAUUGGUCAGAUAUUCGGUCAAGAUGACAGAUCAGAAGAUUUAAAAGCCAAGAAUAUUCGUCAGACUGAAUUAGUGUCUGAUUUAAGAGAAUCUAUUUUACAGAUAGGAAGACAUUUUCAGUCGAUAGACCCUAAAAAUGCUAAAAUUACUUUACAAGCCGACUAUUCCCUGGAAAGUCACCAAAAAGACCAUGAAGUCUUCGUCAACGUUACAAGACACAGAAAACGGAGAGCCAAAGCACUGUUAGACUUUGAACGUCAUGACGACGAUGAAUUGGGAUUCCGAAAAAAUGAUAUAAUUACUAUCAUUUCACAGAAAGAUGAACAUUGUUGGGUUGGAGAACUAAACGGUCUUAGGGGGUGGUUUCCAGCUAAAUUUGUUGAGUUAUUAGAUGAACGGAGUAAACAGUAUACAACAGCAGGUGAUGAUGCAGUCUCGGAAACUAUUACUGACUUGGUCAGAGGAGUACUGGCUCCUGCUCUAAAGGCCUUAUUUGAACACGGAUUAAGAAGACCCAACAUCCUAGGGGGUUCUGGUCAUCCAUGGCUUUAUAUUGAAGAGGGCAGUGAAAUUAUUGCACUCUGUUGUCUUGAGAAGUGUUUUUUAUCCCUGGGUGUUACCAAUCUUGAUAAGGAAACUUUGCACCUGGAUGUGUUCGGAGUAUUCCAUUGGAUUGUACGCGCACUGUUGGAUGAAGAUGGCAAAGUUUUGACACCGGAAGAAAUUCUCUACAGAUCAGUGCAAGCUAUCAAUCUAUCACAUGAUGCAGCUCAUACACAAAUGGACGUCAAGUUUAGAUCAUUAAUAUGCGCAGGAUUGAAUGAACAAGUGCUUCAUCUAUGGCUGGAAAGUUUAUGUGCCAGCGAACAAAUAGUAGAAAAAUGGUAUUAUCCGUGGUCAUUUCUCCGCAGCCCAGGUUGGGUGCAGAUUAAAUGUGAACUACGAGUGCUUUCAAAAUUUUCAUUCAACUUGACACUUAACUGGGAACUUCCCAAGAAAGAGAUAUCUGCACCUCUUAAAGAAAGUGUUCGGGAUAUGCUAGUGAAGCAUCAUCUGUUUAGUUGGGAUCUUGACUGAAACACACCAAAAC